UUUCCCAUUUUCUAUUUACAUUCUGGACCAGGAGGGAUGUCUCUGUCCAGCAGAAGUAUACACAUUGCUUGUAAAACUUAAUGACUCUUCAUGCAAUUGCUUUUAGGUCUAGUAGAGAUGCAUGCAAUCCCUCAUGUCAUCUAAGACACUGUCCUCUGCCAGACUGACCCAGCAGUACCUGUGUCUGCUCACCCAGUCAGCUGUCACAAGCGAAAAAGAGACCAGCAGAAAGGUCUGACAGAAAGGAUUCUGUGAAAUCCAGUGUCAAGAAUGAGGAAUAACAUAAUAUGGUGGGAUGAGGGUCUGUGAAGCCACACAGGGGCUGGAUUGUGGGAAUGAGCUUUGUCCUGGAUUUGCUGCUAAAAUCAUGGCACAUUCUCUUCCAGGUUGGCAGGUCACUGCUGCCCCUUCUGCUGGGACAUAUCUGGUAAGGCAAAUGUGUGUGUUUAAAAUACAUGUCAUCUGUGUCUUUACUUGCAAAUCAUGGGUGGGUUGGUGGUCAGUGUGGGCUGCUUCCUGAGAGCAGUGCAUUGAUGGGAAUCAGUUGCUACAAGCCAGAUCUGGAGUAUGAAGGUGGAUAGUAACUGCCCUUCCCCUUUGUCUCCCAUGCAGUGAGUGGAGUGGGAAUGGCUUUUCCAGGUCUUUGCAAGGCUUCAGUGCAAGCACAUCACCAGGGAGGCCAAUGAAGGUGACACACAUUGACCUCUCUCAGAUCAUGGGGAGAACAGUCCCUGCCAUUUGCCUUCAUGCCUGAGUGAUGGGAGGGCUGCCAUAACCCUGAACUUCCCUGUUGUUGGAAGUGCAGAGCCAGGACUGGUAGGAAUUUAGCAGAUGGCAAGAUGGGAGCUCUGGAUCUGGGCACUUGUGUGUUUUCAGGCCAGACCUGAGUACAAGUGGUUGCAGCUGACAUGCUUGUUUGCAUGCACUGAUCCCAAAUAACACUGUGCUACCAUUGACUGCAUGAUAAUUCCAUCUCUUGUCUCUUUCUCCUGGCACAGUGCUCCAGCUCCUCUGUCAACGGUGAGUUUCUUUGGUCUUCUUCCAUAAGGAAGAUUCAGACAUAGUUCUGUACAUAUUCCUAUCACAAUGCCUUUAUCUUUGUCUCUCUCUCUUUUUUGGGGAAUCAGAAUCUGCUGUGUGUGCCUCAGUGAAAAGGUAUGUGAACCAUCAGCAAAUCCCCUGGGCAGCAUUUCCCUUGGGAGUGAUACUGGGUGUUGGGGAUGUCACUUUGGGUAGCAGGGAGCCUCUAAAACCAGGUGUAGCAUCUUUGUCCCUGCAAAGUCCCAGGGUUGCCCAUGGGCAGGGAGGGCUCUGGUUGUGCUCAUUGAAACAGCGAAGGGAAAUUGCCUUCCUGGGGCUCUGGCUCUAUGCAGGACACAGAAGGGCAGGGCAAGUCCCUGGUAUGUCAGCCAGCCUGGCACAGGGGGAUUUACUGCUCCCAGAACCUUGGCAUUGGUGCUGAGCUUAGCCUGGAUAUUGCUGGGGGCACAGGACUCAAACCAAGUCCAUUUCAAGCCUACAUUGAACUUGAUUUCUACCUAAGGGUCAGCAACUUGAGGAGUAUCCUCUCUCUGCUCCCGAAUGGUGCCAACAAAUCUGCUUUUUUCCCCACCAGGGUCAGCCAAGAAAUGCUUCUUGAGGUAGCCCAUGGCCAAGCCUCCCCCUGCAGCCUCACUUUUGGUCAAUAUGCCUGUGCACAGAGUGCUUGGCUCCAGGACUUUCCAGAUGAUUUCCUCAUAUCCUUAUAUACUUGCCUUGCUCCUAAACCUGCCAGUGCUAUGGAUCCAGAAUACUCAGUUCUGUUCUUUUCCAAAUAUGAUGCCAAGAAGCUCAUAGCUGCUCUGACCAUGUUCAGCCAACGGUUUUCUCAUGUGCCUCUUUCUCUGGAGUGGAACAUGAUCUUCAUUAAUGGCCUGUGGGAGAAGAUGCUGGAAGUGCCUGACAUUGACAGCCCCCCUGUUUUGGCUCAGUGGGUCCAUGAGGGGCUUCAGCCAUUCCUGGUCGAGCCCAAGGUCUUUGCUUGCCUCCAUGCCAAAAACCUGUUGUGUGAGACGUUUCAAAUGAUAGUUGCUGCCCUGAAUGGCAUAUAUUCUGACCUUCCAGUGGAAGAACAGAGGAAUCUUUAUGCUGGGAUCAAAUACUACCUCAUCCAGGAUGACUCAAACCAGAAAUGCUACAGUGCAGCCAUUCCAGGUCUGAAUUCCACUGCUUGGUUUGGAAAUUAUCUUGGAUCCUUUUUGGAGCAUGCUACUGUUGGAGACCUGCAGCUUUUUGCUGAUGAAGCAACACUUCAAAAGUUUACCGGGGAUCCAGUCAAUAUACAGAUGAUCAGCAACCUCACCUUGCUCCGGGAGACAGCUCUCUACUAUACCUCACUACUGACCUCCGGACCUGGUUUUCCCUUGUCAAGCCUCCCAGACAGACUUGUUUGCUACCUGACCCCCUCUGCAGUGAGCAACCUGAGCAGAGAUGAUGCUUUGAGCUUGGCCCAGAGGAUCACUAAGAACUGCCCAUUGAACCUGACACACAGAGGAAUAACUAGAGAGAGAGCUCCCUCCUCCCUGACAACAGAGGAACUGCAGGUUGCAUCCUCUUUGGUGAGAAAAUUUGAGCACUUCUCUCCUGAAAUCCUGCGUGGAUUGGGCCAGGCUGCAGUUGGACUGUCCAUAUCCAGCAUUGAAAACAGCAUCAGUGCUGAAGACCUUGAAGCAUCUGUUCCUGCCCUGGCUAAAGUUCGUGGCUGGAACUCUGAGCAGGCCAGCACCAUUAUCAACAAGCUGCUUCGCUCUGGCUAUCAGAUCCCAGAUGGACAAAGCCUGGCAAAGCUGGGGAGCUUGGUGGCUGGCCUCAACAGCAGCACGCUUCGAAGUCUGUCUUCAGAAGUGAUCUUGGAAGCCAUUAAGUUGCCUGAGUUUGUUGAGCAGAUGCUGCCCCUUCCCUCUGCUCUGAAAAUGGCAUUUGUGGAAAAGAUUUCCUCCAGUGUCCACCACCCUGCUGACCUGGUGAAACAUAUCCCUGACGCUCUGGCCACUUACAUUCCAAAAUCAUUGCUUGUUUAUGGGGAUGAGAAGCCCAAUAUUCAAGAUCUCAACAGUAAAACAUGGACCAGGGAACAGGCUGCCAUGUUUUUCAGUGAUGUGAUAAAGACAGAGCCUGACUUCAGCAGGCUUUCCCAGUCAGUCCUCCAAGGCUUCACGUGUGCAGCUGCCAAUGAGGUGGAAGAAGAAAGAUUUCAGGAGCUGGCCAAAGUCAUGAAGAAGAAGAAUGUCAAGUUAGGAGAAGACCAGCUGAAUUGCUUAGUGAAGAUGGUGACGCUGCAUGGGAUUCCCAAGGAUUUAGAUAGCUAUCCCGAAGACCUCUUGCUGUUUUUAAGUCCCUCAGACUAUGCAGCAACAGGAAGCUGCAGGCAGUACUUUGCUAAUAUUGGGAAAGCAAACCUGGAUCUUCUGCAGAGAGAGUCAUCCCAGCGGAAACAGCUGCUCCUGGAAGCUUUAGCAUGUUUGAGAAUUCCUGGCACACGAGUAACUGAGGAAGAUGCAGAGGCUCUGGGACGUCUGGUCUGUGACCUGGGUGGAGAAUACAUUACAAGUUCUGGUGGGAAUCUGCUGAAGCAAUUAAGCCAGUGUGACUCUUUCCUGCCUGACCAAGAAGAGGCCAUUAGGAGCAUCAUCAGCAGUGGUAACACUACAUUUGGACCUCCUGCAGCAUGGUCAGCUUUCACCUUGGAUGAGCUCAGUGGGUUGAUUCCUGUAUUUGAUCACAGCAUCCUGCAGCAGAUCCCCAAGAAUGCUUUAACUGUUUGGCUGAAAAACUUUGCACGUGAUUCACCUCUGUCAAGGGAAGAGCUGGCUGCUGUUGUUGAAGAGCUCCUGCCUACCAGGCAUAAGCGUGCUGAUGGUUGCCCAUCUGGCAAGCAGAUAACAGAGAGUGUUCUUGAAAAUGACUUGAUGCCUGUUAUCUACUCACCUGUGGAGUUACGUGCCUGCCUGAAGAACGUCUCUCUGGAGAAUCAUCUCUCUCAGUUACUGACCUAUGCCUUCACUGUUCAGCAUUUGGCUGUGCUGAAGGAGCAUCUGGAUGAGACGUAUCCUGAUGGGUAUCCUGAAAGUCUGCUCUUCAAACUGGGCUCUCUCGUUUCUUUCAUCACCCCUGAGGAUGUUUCCAAAUGGAAUAUAGCUUCAGCUGACACUCUGGCUGCCUUGCUCAGAAAUGAGCCCCCUGAUGAUCAGGCUUCUGCAAUAAUCAAACGAUACCUUGACCUGGGAAACCCCUUGAAUGUCACCGCUCUGAACGCAAUUGGUACCAGAUACAUGUGCCUGCUAAGUGAGACUGAGCUGAAUAUGAUAGACUCCAACAACUUGAAACUGGCAUCUCUGAAUCUCUCAGCCUGUUCAGAGCGUACGAAAGAGAUCUUGUAUGCUAAAGCAAAAAGUGCUUUCUCAGACCAGCGACGUUCACCUGCUUACUAUGAGCUUAUUGAACCUUAUCUGGGGGGUGCUCCUGCUGCAGAUCUCAAAGCUCUAAGCAAGGACAACGUGAACAUGAACAUUAGUACUUUUAUGAAGUUAAGAAGAGACUCUUUGAUGAGCCUGACACCUUUGGAGGUUGAGGGCUUGCUGGGGAUGCAUCUCGGUGACCUGAGUAAAUGGCAGAAGACCUCUCCCAUCCGGGAGUGGGUCCAAAAGCAGAAACAAUCCGAACUGGAUAAACUGCAUGUUGGGCUCACUGGGGGAACACAAGAAGGCUACAUCAACAUCGUCACACCCAAAUUUCAGACACCAUCCUCAGCCUCUCUGGGUACUGUGGCCAUGACAUUCCUGCCUGCUCUGCUUUUGAGUUUCCUGUUGAUGUGGGUCUUCUCUUGAAAGUCUUCCCUCAAAAGAAAGCAAGAUGAGGAGGACCAGCCUAUGACCUGCUCUGAGGCCUGUUGGGACAGCCAUGCCUGGGGGGUGAGGGGGUGCUCAGUGCUAGCAGGCAACAAUUACGAGGCCAGGGUUCACUUUUUAGGUACUUUUGUCUUUCAAAUCACUUGGAAAAACAGUAUUGUGUCUGAAGGGAACAUUUCAGACUCUUCAGAGCAGGAUCUUUGCCUUUUGUACAGACCAAGCCCAGGUAAGCCUCAAGCAUAAUACCACAGCACAAAUGAUGUCAGUAUCUUACUGCACAACCCUGAUGGGUUUAAGGGUGAGCAAAUUGGCUGCUCUGAGAAAUGUAACUGUUAACAUGCAACAAGCCUCAUCUCUUGCCACUGCCAAGACCUCUGAGUGGGAGUGAAGUUUUCCAGCUGAUCGUAAAUAAAUAAUGGAAGUAAGUCAAAAAUGCCAGAAGCAAA